AAAACCCUAAAGAACUGAUAAGAAAUGUAGUAUUUAACCUGAACUUUUAGAGAACAAAAGUUAUAAUCACUUUAUCAGUGGUACAAGGAAACAUUCUCAAACCCUUUAAAGCAGGUAGAGUUAUUUAUUAAGUUACAUGUUUAAAUAUACAGUCAGUAAUGGGACAACAUAUUGCAUAGAAAAACUUAGUUGACAGUUAAUGCACUGCUGUGCAGAAGAGUAACCUUUCUUUUGAGCCUUUCUAGAUCAGCAGUUACCGUUACUUCUUAUACCCUGAGUGAAGCAUUGAGAUCAAACAUGAUAUAGUUACAUGUUAGAACACACAAAUAGGAAAAUAGUAUGUAGUUAGGAGCGUUCUGUGUAGCAAAUGGAACAGAUGUGCAUUGGGGGUGCGAGCUACUCUGCCUCCCGAGACAGAACCAUCCUGUGCCUGGAUUGUCCCAACAGUCCUUAAUUAGCAUAUUGAUGAGUCCCUUGUAUCAGAUAGGCAUUAACACACUGUGAUGACGAAGGGCACUGUCCCAUGUUUAAUUCACAUGUAUAGCUUUAAAGGGACUACUGAUGUACUAGGGCUGGAAAGAGUUCCAUCCAUAUUCACUCAGCCUUACACUACAUUCCAGUGUUUAUUUUUAAGUCAAUUUCUGUAUAAGCACAUUAAAUUCUUGAGCUACAAAAAAAGCUGAAUUGGAUGUUUCUACUGUUAUUACCCAGGAAAAAAAAAAGGAAGUUGUUACGAUGAAACCUGCCACUGAACAGCGACAAGUUUUUCAGCUAAAUUUAAACAGUAAAAUAGUUAUCAAACGAAACUAUUUAUGAAACAGAAACAAUGUUAAGGGUAACAAACACAUCAAACCAUUGUGUUGGCUUACAAAUUCUAAUUAAUAUACACAGAGUUGAGCCAAAACAUUAUGACCAUCUGCCUAAUAUGCUGUUGGUCCCUCUUGUGCUGCCAAAAUACGUCGACCUGCUGAGGCAUGAACUCUACAAGACUCCUGAAGGUGUCCUGUGCAUGAUAUCUGGCACAACAACACUAGCAGAUCCUUCAAGUCCUGCCGUGGUCCAGCACAUCCCACAGAUGCUCGACUGGAUUGAGAUCUGGGGAAUUUGGAGGCCAGGGCAACACCUUGAACUCUUCAUCAUGGUCCUCAAACCAUUCCUGAGCAAUAUGUCCAGUGUAGCAGGGCCACUUCCACCAGGGAACACCAUUCUCAUGAAGAGGUGUACCUGGUCUGCAACAGUGUUUAGGUAGUACGUACGUCCACAUGAAUGGCCAGACCAAGGGUUUCCCAGCAGAACAUUGCCCAAAGCAUCGCACUCUCUCCACUGGCUUGUCAGCAUCCCACGGUGAAUCCUGAUGCCGUCCACAUGAUGUAAAAGAAAAUGGGACCCAUCGGACCAGGAGACAUUAUUCCACUGCUUCUAGGUCCAGUUUUGAUGCUCGUGUAGGCACUUUUGAUGGUGGACAGGGGUAAAGGCUUCAGAAGGCCUUUAUUAACCCCCCAGAGACGUGUGGAGUACACGUUUAUGAUGGAUGGAUGUGGAUGGAAGCACUUUCUUCAGCUCAUGCUAGAUGGUAUUAUUUAAAUUUCAAAUUAGGUGUUUGUGUAAUUGGCCUUUUUUCUCAAAAUGUUUUAGCAAUUGAGAUAUAACCUUAGUGACAACUAGUCCUGAAGGUGAGAAGUAUUUGUCAAGAGCAAUAGAAAUUUUGCCUUUUUUUCUUUUUAUUAUUAUAAUUUUUUUUUUUUUUUUUAAACUGAAUCUUGAUAGUGACAAAAUUUAAUGGUUGACAGCUGAACACAGUUAUUCAGUUACCACCAGGGCUCAGAAUCCUAUAGAAUAACAUGUAUGACUUUCAAGAGUUUAUGGGCAUAUUGUAAAUGCCACAUAUAAAUAUGAUUCACAUACAUUCAAUGCUGUUAAACAUUGUUGAGACAAAGGACAGCAUACAGUUCCACUGAUUUAAACUCCCUCUCAGUCACAUUUGAACUUCAUAUCUUUGGUUGGAGAAAUAUCGGAAACAUCAGGACGGAGACCUGGCAGAUGGUGAUGGAUGAGUUUCCAGACAGGAAAUGUGGAAAAAGUGUCGACACGUCCAGCAGUAUUAAUACAUCCUGUUCUUUUAUUUUAGCUGUCUUGCUGGUGUUAUGACACCUUUAAAAAAAACUUUAAGAGGACUUGUGCAGUUUAUGACAUUUUAUCAAGUUUAUUAACUUAUAAUUUUGGAUUAUAUGCAGUAUUUAUUUUUUUCAGCCCCCAAGUGCUACUGUAAAAUUUAAGGCAACAUUUUCUUUCAAAUAAUCCUAAUAUUGUAUUUAAUGUACAUUGAAUUUUAUUUCAGUUAACUAAACAAUCAAAAUGAAGAGCAUCAAAUCCCAGAAUCCACUGUUUAGAAUAUCAGGGUUUAUCCAAACUAACUCGAACUUCCUGUGAGCCAGAGGAUGAAGGGAGGGAAGGAAACAACAAGAGUGAAACAGAGAGGGACAGAAAAAGAGACAUGCAGCACAGACAAGGUGGAGAGACUUUCUCCUUUUUGUCCAUUCAAAGUGAAGAUGUUCAACAUGUUUAUAGCACAGGGGAUUUGGGUUUCAUCAUUUAAGGUUUAAGGGGUGUUUUAGGGUCUAAUUUGAGUGUCAGAUCUGUGGCCUUCAUUACAACAUUUCUGUUUCACACUCCAAGAUCAACUUCUCAUCCUUCUAUAUGUGCAGAUCCAGCCAGCAAACCACAAAGAUGACCCUUACAGAGGGUUCAUCGAAUGUGAGCCUCACAUCAACAUCAGCUCCUCACCUAACAACCAAUACUUCUCCACCAUACCGUGAAUCUUAUUUAUACAGACUGGCCCACUUGGAUGAAGGUCUCUAUAAUGACUUUUACAGCCUGUGGAUAGCUCUGGUGGUCAUCAACACACUUAUCUUUAUGGUAGGGAUGACCCUGAACAGUCUGGCUUUGUAUGUCUUCUGCUUCAGGACCAAGUCGAAGACUACAUCAGUCAUCUACACCAUUAACCUGGUUGUGACAGAUCUGUUGGUUAACCUUUCCCUCCCUACUCGUAUCAUAUUGUACUACAGUGGAGGAAAGUGCCUCAACUGUUCCUACAUGCACAUAUUCAGCUACUUUGUCAACAUGUACUGUAGCAUCCUCUUCCUCACCAGCAUCUGCGUUGAUCGCUACCUGGCCAUCGUGCAGGCAGAGGCCUCACGGAAGUGGAGGAACCCCGGUGUGGCCAAAGCAGUGUGCGUCUGCAUUUGGCUGUUUGCUAUCAUUGUGACCUACUCACUUCUCACAACGGCCUUCAAGCACUCAGGCUGCUGCCUCUCCAAACUUUUCGCACUGACCGUAUUUGAGUUUUUCCUGCCGAUGGUGAUCAUCGUAGUGUUUACUAUUCGAAUCAUGUGCGCCCUUUCCAGCCCGGGCCUCAUGCAGCAGAGCCGCGACAGACGCAUGAAAGCUGUACAGCUGCUGUCGACCGUGCUGGUUAUCUUCACUGUCUGCUUCACGCCGUUUCACAUCCGUCAAGUUCUGUUUUACUUCCAUCCUGAUCUGCCUCAUCAUGUGAUUGUGUACCAUGUGACUGUCACCCUCAGCAGCCUGAACAGCUGCUUGGAUCCUGUGGUCUACUGUUUCGUCACCACUAACUUUCAGUCUACCAUGAAGAGAUUUUUCAGGAAGAUUGAAAGAGAGCAGACGAGUGGAGACAUUAUCAGCAUGCAGAAGAGCUCAAAGGCUUCAGGCCUUCAGGCCACAGUGAUUGCUUUAGCUAAUAGUAUAAGGAUAAACAUGAGCCCCGUCCAGCAGGGAAGCCGGCCCGCAUAAGGAAGCGUAUGUGUGUCCUGUACUGUAUUCAGAUGGUUGCCAUUACCAUGUCACAUACUAAGGCAAAACCACUGGCAUAGAUGAGACUUUGUUUCUCUGUGUACUGUAAAUACCUUAAUGUAGAGAUUUUAUGAGCUUGCAUUUAAUUUCACAUGUGACACUGUAGAUUUACAUGAAGAUUUAUAUCAUUGACUAUCAUAUUGUUACUGUACUGAAGCCAAAACUAAUUAUUAAAACAUUAUCUGGAAAAUACUGUCUUUAUAUCUACUGUAUCUUUUUUCUUACC